CCCUGUGCCUCGACAGGUUUGGGGUGUGGACUGAGUGAGUGAGACAAACCAAAGGCUGUGAGUGUUGCUGAGCUCUCACAGUCUGACCUGGGAGAGGCACUCGCUGUGGGUUUGAGCUAACCAGGCAGCUGCCAGUUUCUCUCUCUGCCUCUUGGAGCGGUCUCGGUCCUGUUUGGCCAUGUUUAAGUGCGGACUCGCCUUCCCUCGCUGUAAAUGGAUCCUGCCUUUGCUGCUGCUCCUCGCUAUCAUCUUCGACAUCAUCGCACUGGCGGCUAGCUCCGGCUGGGUGGACUCCAAGUAUCACUAUGCCUCCCUGUGGGAACAGUUCAGGGGCAGGGACCCCAGCUGGGAAUCCACCUCCCUCAUGGAAUACGGAUGGGCGAAAGCUACUGCAGCAUUGCUGAUAAUCGGUUGUAUCCUGUUGAUCAUUUGCUUCAUCCUGUCCAUCUUUGCUCUUUGCAAGGAGCAAUCGGGUCUGCUGAGAGUGAUUGGUAUCAUCCUCUUUGUUGCUGUCCUCUUCCAGUUCAUCGCCCUCAUCGUGUACCCAGUCAAUUUCACCAAGACCCUCAUCAAAAAUGGCAACUAUGAGUACAGCUGGAGCUACGGCUUUGGGUGGGGGGCCACCAUACUGAUGAUCGGCUGUGGCAUUUUCUUCUGCUGCCUUCCCAAGUACGAAGACGAACUCUACGGUCAAGCUAAGCCCAUCUACAUCUACGGCUGAGCCCUUGGAGUCAGCGGUGGUGAAGAUUUGACUCUGGUGCCGUGCACACGUGUAUAUUUGCUGUUUCAAAAUGCCAGAGGAAUGACUAUGUUCCAUUUCUUUUUGAGAAACAAAAGAGCCUGCACAUGUUCGUACACACAAGUACUGGAUUCGACUAAGCUCUUGUUUUUAUCUGUUAAGGUAGUUUUUUUUAAAAAAAAGAAUUUUGGCUUUAAAUAGACUUGCUGGUGUUGGGGAUAGCAAGAGAUAAGAUUUUGGGGAUGCGGACGGGGAUCGAUACAGACACUAGACCGUCACCAAAUGCAAUUUGUAGCCAGCAUCUGAAUCUUAAAAAUUGAAAUGGCAACUCUUUCCACUUCCCUAUCUGGCAACUUCUUCCUCUUAAUAGUAUAAAUUGUGGUCCAGAUUAGGGCAAAACAAGUGUUGGCACGGGCAAGAGAAGUUGGAAUAAUGUUGAUUGUGUGAGAGAGUAUCAUGGUGUCUCAAGGUCAGAUAAGGAUAAGGAUAGAAAUUACUUCCAGAUGAGAGAGUGCAGAAGGUUUUUUUUAAUGCAAGGACCACGUUAAGUACAGGAUGAUAUUGCCAUUCAAGUAUUCUUCUUUAUAUUUUUAUCUUUGACCAAAAAAUUCUAUGGCUCUUCCAAAUGCAGGCACAAACCUGUUAACCUAAAUCAGGUGAUGUUGUAUGAAAAAUAAUAAUUGACAUUCUGAAGUUUCAAUUCUGACCAUUUUAUUAAAGAGUGCACAUUAUA